AAAAAUCGAAACAAGAGUUAAGAACGACGUCGUUGACAAGAAAAACUGAUACCCCGCGUAAACCUUUUUGCGAGUAUAAAUAUCUGAAGCAUCUUCUCGGCCUCUCCCCUCCUCCCUCCGUGUUUGAUUCCUGUCACGACGAACUCAAGCAAGAUGCCGGCGGCAAGAAGCAAUACAUCUGAUAGAGACGAUGAACCUUUCGUGGAGGUUGAUCCGACCGGUCGGUUCGGACGGUACAAUGAUUUGCUAGGUGCAGGUGCAGUGAAGAAGGUAUACAGGGCAUUCGACCAACACGAAGGGAUUGAGGUGGCUUGGAAUCAGGUGCGGUUAAGAAAUUUUAUAGAGGAUCCUGUGCUCAUCAAUCGGCUUCACUCCGAGGUUCAGUUACUCAGAACAUUGAAGAACAAGUACAUCAUUGUUUGUUAUAGUGUUUGGUUGGAUGAAGAGGAUACCUCCCUCAAUUUUAUUACUGAGGUUUGUACUUCUGGGAACUUGAGGGAUUACAGGAAGAAACAUCGCCAUGUGUCUUUGAAAGCUUUGAAGAAGUGGUCUAAGCAAGUUCUUGAGGGGCUGGAAUUUCUUCAUACGCAUGAUCCUUGUGUCAUUCAUAGAGAUUUGAAUUGCAGUAACAUAUUCGUCAAUGGAAACAGUGGUCAGGUGAAAAUUGGGGAUCUGGGGUUUGCAACAAUAGUGGGGAAAAGCCAUACUGCACAUUCGAUACUAGGCACCCCAGAGUUUAUGGCACCGGAACUCUAUGAAGAAGAUUACACUGAAAUGGUGGACAUUUACUCUUUCGGAAUGUGUUUGCUUGAAAUGGUGACGAUGGAGAUACCAUACAGUGAAUGUGAUAAUGUUGCCAAGAUAUACAAGAAGGUUACCUCUGGAGUAAAGCCUCAAGCUUUGAACAAGGUGGCUGAUCCUGAAGUCAAGGCUUUUAUAUUGAAGUGUAUAGCUGAGCCAAGAGCAAGACCUUCAGCUUCCGAUCUUCUCAAGGACACCUUCUUUUCUGAGGUCAAUGACGAUGAAACUGUACCAGCCACCGCUUGAUGACAUUUCAGAUGAACCAUGUGCCUUCAGUUAGCCAUUAACUCCCGUCUAAUCAUGGGUUUCGGCCGAAGGUGAAGCUUCAAACAAUCUGUAUCUAUCUCUCCAUUUUCUUCUUGAUGUUUCAUGUAGCCAAGCAGUUCCAGGUUGAAUUGAAAGCAACAAUUGUAGUGGUUUCCGUUUAGAUGGGUUAAACCAUUCUGGUAACUGGCUUUCAAUGUAAAUCUGCUGUGCUAACUACGUACCAAGAAUGAUUUGCAGUCAAUUUUCAUAUUUUUCUAUCC